UCAGCAUAUCAAAGGCUGGCAUCUAUCCCAGCGAGUAUGUAAGUACUAGCAGCAAGGACAUGGUCAUCAGUUUGUAGCCGAAAUGGGUCACGAAGAGGAGCUCAGCCCGGAACAGGUGGACCUGAAGGUGUCGCCUCUUAUGGGCUCUCUGAAGAGAACUUGGAAUGACUUUUGCGCCACCAGCAGUAUCCAUGGACUAAGAUACACCCGCGAUGAGGACACCAACCGUAUAGUUCAUUUCGUUUGGCUGCUCAUCUCACUGGUGAUGUUCAUCUGUGCUGUGGUUAUGGCGCGCACGUUCUACAUUGACUUUCGGAGUAAUCCCACGCGGAUGAAUGUGGAAAGUGACAGCACUCCAGUUAAUACUUUAUACUUUCCACCAGUCACUAUUUGCCCGGAUGUGUUGUUUAAUAUGCAAAAGUCAGAGGCUUUCCUACAGACACUGCAACUGCCCCAAGGAACUAAUCAAAGUGUCAUCCUUCGAAAGCUGCACAUUUUUUAUGGUUUCAUGUUGGACGAUGAAAAAUAUUCCGAACAGGAUACCAGCCUCAUGGAGUCCGUGUUGUCCCUCAACAAUCUCACCUUACAACAGCUGGUGGAGCACUUGCGUUGGAACUGUGAUGAGAUUUUGUAUCGUUGCAGGUUUAAUGGCCAAAUACGGGAUUGCUUGGAGCUUUUUCAAUUGUCCAAAACAUUUUUUGGCCACUGCUGUUCCUUCAAUUUAAGACAAACAGGGUUAGUUUUUAUCCACCUUUUAAAGUUUGUUUUAUUUUCAAUAUUUAUAAAUAUAAGUCUUAAUUUUACCGCCGAACGUGCUGUUGGAGGCCUGAAGUAUGGACUCUCAGUGAUUUUAAGAUACAAAGAUGACAGUUAUGAUCCAGUUCAAUCCUAUUCCUUUGGAGUUAAAUUACUUAUCCAAGAAUCCGAUGCCUUUCCCAGUGCUCAUUCCUCUUCAAAGUUUAUAGCUUUCAACUCCGAGGUGUUUGCAGCAAUUCGUCCUCAAGAAACCUUUUGUUCGCCUGCCGUCAAAGCCCUUUCCAUUGAAGACAGAAACUGUGUUUUCCGAAACGAGUUUAAGAUGCGAUACUUUAAGAAUUAUGUUUAUCCAAAUUGUGAGCUAAACUGCAGGGUGACCAACAUGGUGAAGUUUUGCAACUGCCACACCUACUUCUUUGACUUUAAUCGAACUACAGAUAGAAUAUGCACCUUCAAGGAUAUACCUUGCCUGGUGGACAACUUUGGUGAGGAUAGCCUUGCUUAUGAAGAAGAUUAUAUAUCUAAAAUUAAAAUUUCAGCUAAUAUCAUCACCAGGAAGAGGAGUACUCAGUGCUAUUGUCCUCUGACCUGUGAACAUUUGGAUUAUGAUGUGCAGAUUUCAGAUUUUCCAUUGAAACUCAAUAUGCCAGUGGCAGAUCAAUUCUACUCAGGCAUAAACAAAAACGAUGGCAUUCUGCAUGUCUUUAUAAACUCCUUUGGCUACCGCCGUUUGCGUCAUGAUUUGCUUUCCAAUAUGGUUACCUUAGUGUCCAACUUGGGCAGUGCCUUUAGUCUCUUUGUGGGAAUGAGCAUGUUGUCUGUGGUGGAGAUUAUCUACUAUUUCUCCGUGAUUCUUCGCAAGAAUUAUGUGCUGGAGUGUGAGGCCCGCAAAAAGAUGCUUCAAAAGGGGCCAAAGUUCGCCUGGCCGAAAGCAAAUGACUCUCACAGUAAACACCAGAAAUCAGUUUUCAUAAUUCACAAAUCGUAAUCAGAUUUCUGGCAGAAUGCAAACAAAACAAAAAAUGUCAUAAAUUAGAGCAAUAAAAUAUCGUAUCAAGUCGAAGAAAGAAAAGUGAAAACAAUUGUAUACACUUUCCUGUGAAGUUUAGGACAUAUUUUAAUCAAAUCUAAUCAAAGAAUGUACAGUGUCUCAUGAUGUUCUGGGAAAGCCAAUCCCAGUGGCAGAUAUCUCUUAUUGCCAUAGGUCAACCACUGAUGACCAUUGUAAAUUUUAUUCAUAAUCGAACAGCGGCCAUCUGCUGGUCGUAAAUUGGACCCAAGCGGAGUAAUCCGCGAUAAGAUUACCCCUUGGGUAUAAAAGGGGA